AUGGCGGUCGUGCGUGAAGCAGAGGCAGCCGGAGAAAGGGACGUUCGCGAAGCAGAGGCCGCGGCGGAAAGGGCGGGCCAGAGAGAGGCCGUGCUGCGGGAGAGGGUGGUUCGGGCGAUCGUUCUGCCCUGUAACCCUCACGGGUCCUUCAAGGGGGAGGUGUAUCAGUACACCACCCCCGUCGCUGCUCGCGACGGCCACUCGAGACCUGGUUUCUUCUUCUGGGUCUUCCGAUGGAUGAUCGAUUUCCUGGGCGGUGUGGGGAUCGCCAACAUGGCCGGUCGCUCGCGGGAGCCGAUAGCCAAUCGCACCGCAGCAGUCAUUUUUGAUGGCCUUUCGUCGUCUGAUGAGGAAGUGCAGAAGAUGGGCGAGGAGGCGAAGGAGGAGGACCAGGAGGCCAUCCCCUUGCCGGUCGCGGACGACCACUUGACGUCCUCCAGCAUGAUGGCAAAGCAGGUUGCCGUCAGUGCCAGGAAGCGGAAGGCCGUCGCCAACGACGAGGAUGUUCGCGAGGACGUUGGGGACCGAGAGGCGGAGGAGGAGGAGGAGGAGGAGGAGGAGGAGGAGGAGCCGCUCAGCAGGGGCGACUUUAGCCUGUCGUCUUUCGCUUGCAUCUGUUGGCUAGGCCAGCUUAUGGCGAAGGGCCCUCGUGCGAAUGCGAAAUGGAAUCUGGAGCCGAAUGAUAUCAAGGCCCGUGCAGAGGGCAUUCUGCAAGGGAUGCGAGACACCUUCUGGCAGGACGUUCGAAAAGGCUGCUUUCAGGUCGUGCGGGGCGAGGUGUCGGUCCAGUCUCUCGUCAAGGAGCACGGCCAGAUCGCAGCGAAGAUCUUCAACAAGCAGGAGCAGGUUGAGGUGGUGGAAUCCUUGAGAAUCCUGCAAGCUGAUGCCGUUCGCAGGAGCUUGAGUCAGGACCGGCGGAGGGCCGCAGAGAAGCUGUUCGCUCGUUUCGUCCGGUCUCUCGCAGAGAGCAUCGACGACACUGUCGGCAAACCGCUCUGGACGGAAGCCAUUUUGGAUGCGGGUGGACAGGCAGGCCCAUCGAUCGCUGCGGCUCUCGUGGCUCAGAGCCAUUUCGCCUCGGGCUCGGGGGCGGCCGAGAGGAAACGACCCUCGAAGUUCCUUGAGGCCGAGCGUUUGUCCUACGUCGCUGCUGGUCGCUCGGUUUUGGCACAGGCUCCCGUUCUCAGCGUCGUCGCUGAUGCCGUCCACGUGGGACAGGAGGACUGGCUGAACGUUUUCCUCUGCGACACAAGCGAGGACGUGAAGAAAGGGACGGCCAUCACGUCGGACGACUGGACGGACAUGUGGCAGGGCCGCAUCACGAAGUUCUUCAAGAAGGCCGGCUCCAAAGGUCGCUCGGCAGCGAAGACCACAGGCGGCUACAAGGAGCCGGAGAGGCUGGCCACUCAGGAGUGGCUCCGAGACAUGUCCCACAGCCUCGCGGUCGUUGGCUGGGGCUUUUCGUCCUUCCGACGGACGAGCGAGGCAGGCCGGCCGAGGGUCUUGAUCCUCUGCACGGAUCAGGAGGCCACUCAGUUGGCGGCCGUGAACUACUUGAAGUUCGGCCGUUCGCUGUUCGUGGAGCACGUCAACGACCCGGCUCACCGUUCCCACAACGACGUGAACCUCGCGAUGGCGGCGGCCGGUCUGCUGACGUUCGGCCUCGUGUCCAUCGGCCUCUACAACGUUCGCUACGGCCCAUGGAACAAGGGCACGUGGUUCGGCAAGUCGUUCGAUGAGCCCUUCGGAUCCGUUGCUGCUGACUUCUUUCCGGACAUUCUGGAGGACCAAGGCCGUUCGCAAGAGGACAACAACGAGGCCGAGCGACGUGCUUUUCUGGAGAGCCUGCCAAACAGGUCGUUCGUGAGAAGCAAGGGCAGCAAGGCCUCGCAGUCUCGCUUCAACAGUCUCUCGCAGGCCCAUGCGGAGCUCGACGGCGACUGGUCGGCCUUUUGCCUCGUGCUGGUCGCUCUCUGCGUGGCCGAGGGCUGGUGCACGACGGCGUCCCAGUUGUGGUCGCCCUCCGCUGGCAUGGCCGAGACGACGACGGCCGCCACGACCAGGGCAGCCGCCAAGUCGGCCGCUCGCAAGGCUCUGCAGCAGCAGAGGGGUCGUUCGGUGAACGUCUUGCACGGGAUGACGAUGUUCGCCUGCAACCAAGACAAUCGGUCGCUGGCCAGGUCCGUGUUUUUCGUGCUUCAACCGGAGAACGUUCGGUGCAGCACGAUGCUCGCAGACCUUCGGGCGGCCGAGGCCACCGUGAGCCAGUAUGCCAACUGGGCUCACUGGCAGUACAUGGAGGUCGCUCGCGAGCAUGUCGCCAAGCUGUCCAACCUGGCCGCUCUGAAGCGGAUCGGCCUUGACAUGUCCUUCGAGCUGCCAAAGGAGGAGGUUCGAGAGGACUCGCUGGCGUGGCAGGAUGCAGUCGCUCACAGAGUCGUUCGCCUGACACACCGUCUCUUGCGAUAUCGUUGCGGCAGCCAGCUGGGGUCCACGAACGGCUGGGGAGCGUCGGCCGGCUUGCUGCACGAGUCUGCCGCCCUUCGACAGUCCAGCCUUCGCUUUCUGGAAGAGGUGGAUCGCACGGUCAAGCGUGUGCAGGCCGAGGGGUCGUUGGAGGCGAAGCUCCUCUUGGACGGCCACUCUGCCACGGCGCCCGUGAUGGCCAUGUUGCUGUCCGAGUUGCGGGAGGCGUCGUUCGUGGAGGUUCCGCCGGGGACGUUCGAGUGGCUUCGCCGUUCGUGGAGCGGCCUGCUGAACUCGAAGCUCGCCGAGCAGCGGAAUGGCACUUCGAAGACGUUGGGUCGUUUGGAGGGCUGGCACGGUCUCUCGAGAAAGAAGCUCCUGGAGCAGUAUCACAGGAGAGAGGUGCCGAGCGGCCGGAUGGCGACCGUGCCCGCGAAGUUCGAGGCCGAUCCGUGGUUCGUGCGGCCUCAGCGGCUCCGGACGGAACCGGGCAGUUCGUCGGCCGCCGUUCGCGAGGAGCAGGAGGAGGGCCUCACGGACCAGACCUUCGAGGACGACCUUCUGAAGGGCGUUAGCCAAGCGAGGACGUGGGCCUCUCCCACACCUGAGUCGGAACAGGACAAGCUGGCUGGGUUCUCGCUGCUCACCAAGGUCGUUCGGCAGAACAUGGACUGGUCCUUCGUGGAGAAGGGAUGGUGGGCAGCCUUGGCUCCCGAGGGACAUGCCUUGCAGUUUCCGACUGGACCACCGUUGUACGUGGUUCGCAGCUACAAGCGAGUCGGAUGGGUGCACCUUUUCGACGAGGCCGUGGACGUUCUGGACUUGGCUGCGACCUCGCCACAACGUCUCGUGUCUCUCGGUGAGACCCGGGCCAUGGGAGUUGUCUUUCGGGUGCAGGCCCGAUGUUCCUUGCUUCAGCACCACGAGAAGUUCGGCUUCGCAGGCGUUCCGGAGUGGGGUCUGCGACGACUCGCAGAGGUGAAGGGAUGGCCGGCCGAAGCUGAGGAGACUGGCCACGAGGAGGACGACCACCUCGCCGUGGUCUGCCUCUUGUCUCUCCAGCCAACUCUGACGAAGGACGACGUGGUCAAUCGUCUCCUGUUUCGCCAGGACGUGGCCUCGUGGUCGGGCGAGUUUGGGGAGCUCGAUCUGACAGAGGUCGUGCGAGACACAAUGUUGGCGGCCGACCAGGACGUCGCCCUCCAACAACUUGCGAAGCGGAAAGCCGCUCGCGAGACUGCCGUGGAGAUCCGGAAGCGGGUCUCGCGGACUUUCGAGGCCGUCGCCAAGACCUUUGCCAGCCGACCCGAGUACAAAAAGGCAGCGGCAGCUCGAAAGGCCAAAGAGAAGCAGGCAUCGCAGCAGCAGAAGGACCAUGCCGCUGCGAUCAAGCGGUGCUAUGCCGCCCUCACCUCGGACAUCGACAAAGCCGUGAAGGUCGGCGUUCCCACAGCCGUCCGAGUGUAUCGGGACGACUACAACGGCCGCUGGCGUCUCACGUACAGGACUGUCUGGGCUCAGGUCACUCGCAGCAUUUCGUGGACUGCCGUGGGCAGUAGGAAUGCCGCAGCGGAAGCCGUUCGCCAAGGCUGGCAGUGGGCGGAGACUUUCGACGGCCUGCCGAUGCCGGAGGAGGCAGCAGGCCUGUUGCAGAAGUUGGCGGCUUGA